AUGAGUGAAGAACAAAGAAAGCAAAAACACUUUGUCCUGGUGCAUGGUGUUUGCCAUGGUGCCUGGUGUUGGUACAAGCUCAAGCCACUCUUGGAGUCAGUCGGCCACAGGGUUACAGUCCUUGACCUUGCAGCUUCUGGCAUCAACCCACAUAAAAUUGAAGACAUCCACACUUUUUCUCACUAUUCCAAGCCUUUGUUGGAUUUCUUGGGGUCUCUUGCUCCUAAUGAAACAAUUGUCCUUGUUGGACAUAGCUUUGGAGGGAUAAGCAUAGCCCUUGCAAUGGACAAAUUUCCAGAAAAAGUAUCCCUUGGAGUUUUUCUUGCAGCUUUUGCUCCCGACACUCACCACAAACCAUCGUAUGUCUUAGAAGAGUUCAUUGAGAGAUACCCUAUUAGUGGAUGGAUGGACUGCGAGGUCUCGAACAGUAGAGGCAAAACCACCUUGUUUUUUGGUCCCAAGUUUAUGUCUACCAUGUUGUAUCAACUCUGCUCUUCUGAGGAUCUUGAAUUGGCCAAGACUUUGAUAAGAAAAGGAUCACUCUUUGCUGAAGAUCUUUCCGAGACACAGAAUUUCUCCAAAGAGGGAUAUGGGUCUGUCCCAUGUGCUUAUAUUGUCUUCAGUGAGGACCUGGCAAUACCAAAAGAGUAUCAACAAUGGAUGAUCCAAAAUGCUGGGAUUGGUUUGGUGAGGGAGAUCGAUGGAGCAGGUCAUAUGGCUAUGUUUAGCAAAACUCAGGAUCUGUGUUCAUCUCUCCUUGAGAUUGCUGAUAAUUAA